AUGACUCCCACUCGUGACAAUGAAGAAAUAGAGGGGCGCUCGUAUAAAGACUAUGCUUACAGCCCUGUACCAGUGAGUUCCUCUUUGGCGGUGUUUGAUACUGCCACCCCUGGCAAAGAAUCUGUGGAGCUGAGUACAGAGCGUGGCGAAGAAUCGUAUAGAACAUCAUUCCGCAUUGUUGACAAUCAUCAUCCCGAAAAUAUGGCGGAAAAAGGUUCCAAGUUCGUCCAGUUCCUGGCCGCGGCGGCAGGCAAUAUAUGUAUCGUGGCGACUGGUGCGAUGUUGGCAUGGACGAGUCCGGUCCUUCCCAACUUGGAGCAAGAUGGUGGACCUCUGGGGUCGAAAAUCACUAGUGAACAAAGUUCGUGGAUAGCAUCUCUAAUGGCUCUCGGUACAAUCCCCGGUAGUUUCAUAGCAGGAUAUCUCGGAGAAAGAUGGGGUCGCAAACGAACAGCAUUAUUUGCCGUCGUACCAUUUUCAAUUGGAUGGGCGUUAGUUGCUACGGCAAGUCACGUUGCUCAGCUUUAUGUCGCGCGACUAAUAUUUGGAUUUGCUCUGGGUAUUCCAUUCACGAUUCUACCUAUGUAUUGUGGUGAAAUCGCUGAGACUUCCAUUAGAGGAGCGUUGGGCUCUUUUCUUCAGCUCUUUAUAACAAUUGGAUUGUUGUAUUCUUACGCUAUCGGGCCCUUCGUCAGUUACACAGUCUUUUGGAUCCUCUGUGCUAUUCUGCCAGUACUCUUCUUUGUCUGCUUUGUAAUGAUGCCAGAGUCUCCGUAUUUUCUUCUCAGCAAAGGCCGCAGAGAAGAAGCGAUCGCAACUUUAGCAAAGCUCCGAAGUAAAUCUGAAGGAGCUGUCCAGAAAGAAGCCGACGAAAUGCAGGCAAUAAUUGAUGAGGCUUUUAGAGAUCAAGUUAGCAUUUCAGACCUAUUUAAGGUGAAAGCUAAUUUAAAGGCCCUUAUCUAUACCUGUGCCUUGGCUUCCUUCCAACAGCUUACUGGUAUCAAUGUCGUGCUAUUUUAUAUGCAAAGUAUCUUCAUUGCUGCUGGAACCUCCAUCCCAACGGAACAAGCACCAAUUAUUAUUGGUGUCGUGCAAGUAAUAGCAUCUGCAAUAACACCCUUUGUCGUGGACAAGGCGGGUAGAAGAAUGCUUCUCGUUUUCUCUGGCAUUGGAGAAACAAUCAGUUUGAUUGCUCUGGGCUUGUAUUUUUACCUAAAAGAAGUGCAACACGCGGAUGACGUGGUGGCGCAAAUAUCCUGGCUGCCGAUAGUCGCGCUCAUCAUUUACAUCUCCACUUAUAGUGUAGGUUGGGGCCCGCUUCCCUGGGCUGUGAUGGGCGAAAUGUUCGCCUCAAAUGUCAAGGCCAAGGCCUCCGGCAUAACGGUUUCUGUCUGCUGGUUCCUGGCCUUCUUGGCCACCAAGUUCUCCAAAAAUUUGGAGACUGCGUUCGGCAAUUACGUGCUUUUCUGGAUGUUCGGCGCAUUCUGUAUCCUCAGCAUUCUUUUCACAGUAUUCCUAUUGCCAGAAACGAAAGGCAAAAGCUUGAAACAAAUCCAGAACGAACUCAACGGAGAGACUUCGGCCAGCCUAGAUAUGGAGAACGGCUUGAAAAAAUGAAGAAAAAACACUAUCUAUCAUUCUAAUGAAUGACACCUGGUGAGCGAUACCUUAAAGAGAUUAGAUACUCUGUUAUUUAUACAUUAGAAAUUAUUUUCUCGUUAAAAUACAUGAUAAAUUUUUAUAUUUUUAUGACGCGUAAAAGGGAUUUCAUAUUCUUUAAGAUAAAGAGAAAUUAAGAAGAGCUCAAUAAUGUCACAAUAGGUCGGAUUAACAUGUGUGCCUACUAUUCUACUGCCAGACUUAUAAAAAUAUAAAUGCAUAUUUUUAAGUCUUAUUCAGCCUGUUAUUAAUGCUGGAUUAUAGAGAAACGUGAUUAAUAAAUAAAGUAUAACCGGAUGAUUCAAUGACCAAAUAAAUUAUGAAAGAUUUAAAAUGUUCAACACAUUUAAAAAAUUCAUUAAACAAAGAUUGAUAGAUUCCAUUUCUUUUCGUAUAUGUAUAGAUAAUUAUUGCCUUUAAUACAUGAGCCUGAAAAAACUUCAUCUUCGGAAAAUGUUACGUAAUUUUAGAAUUAAACAUAUAUAAUAGAAGUUAUAUUGUAACAGAUUUAUAAAUAUUUUCGCAUUGAUACUUGGAUACAUUUAAAUAUUAGAUUGUUUACCAAGUAUAGAAAAAAAUUAUGUGAUAUGUUAGUAAUCGCUCCUGUAAACAUUUUUCAGCAAGUUCCUGUCUAGCCCGUGAUUAGAAAACGUCGUAAUAAAGUAAUAAUUAUCCAACUUUCUUAUUUUUUAUUGAAUUUUCAUAGUAUUACAUUUUGACUGUAGAUGUAAAGCAAGAUAAAAAAUAAAAGGAUUACUCUUACGACGUAUUUCUCGUUCACAAGUGAAAGACUAGUCAUUUCGUAACAUAUCUAUAUAGAAAAAAUAUAAUUGUUCAAUAACAUCGGAAAUUGAUCGAAUUAUUAUUAUAUCGUUGAGACUAAAGAUAAAGACUAGAACUGUCUAAUAAACUGAUGAAUUAUGUAGCGAUUAAAAAAGAUAAAAAUAUAUAAAGCAACUUUGUUGUUAUUAAUAAAUGUUGACAACAACAAAGUUGUUAUCGAUAUAUUUAAUUACAACAAAACAUAACUCUUCCAUUUUGUGCAUACACUAUAAAUCAUUAUAAAGAGUGUAGGUAACGAAAAAUAAUAUUUAAAAAUGCCGUAU